GGUCACUUGAAAAUCAGCUCUCCUGUCCCCGUCAAUGGGUGGACUAAAUGACUCUGUGGUCACUGAAAUUGUGUUACUGGCCCUUUCUUGCUCUUGGGAGAAAAAACUUUUUCUUAUUUUGAUAUGUUCUUUGCUGUAUUUAGGGGUCAUCUUGGGAAACCUUUUUAUUUUGUUUUUGGUAAUUUUUGAUUCGCACCUACAUUCUCCCAUGUACUUCCUGCUGGCCAACCUGUCCCUCAUUGAUGUGGGUCUUUCCUCUACUACAGUUCCAAAGAUAAUCACAGACCUCUUAAAUGAAUACAAAAUAAUUUCUUUCCAAAGUUGUAUGACACAGAUAUGCUUCAUCCACAUCAUAGGAGGAGUGGAGAUGGUGUUACUCAUAGCCAUGGCAUUUGACAGGUGCACAGCAAUCUGUAAGCCUCUUCACUACCUAAACAUCAUGAACCCUAAAAUAUGUGUUUCAUUUGUAAUCACUGGAUGGGUAACUGGGGUGAUCCAUGCUAUGUCUCAGUUUUUAUUUGUUAUAAACUUGCCUUUUUGUGGUCCUAAUAAAGUGGACAGCUUUUACUGUGACUUUCCUAAGAUCAUAAAACUUGCAUGCACAGAUGCGGCCAAGUUUGAGUUUAUCGUUACUGCCAACAGUGGCUUCAUGAGCAUGGGCACCUUCUUCCUGCUAAUCCUUUCCUAUUCAUUCAUUUUGAUCACUGUCUGGAAACGUUCUUCAGGAGAAUUAUCCAAGGCAUUUGUUACUUUGUCAGCUCACAUCACUGUGGUGUUUUUGUUUUUCACUCCAUGCAUGUUUCUGUAUGUCUGGCCUUCUCCCCCACCUUCAAUUGAUAAAAAUCUGUUCGUUGUAGACUUCGCUAUUACCCCUGUCUUGAAUCCUGUUAUCUAUACACUAAGGAACAAAGACAUAAGGUUAUCUAUAAAAAGACUGCACAAAAGGAUAUCUAACUCCAAAUUUUGUUGACUACAACUUUUUCAGGGAGCUCUAAAACUAAACACCCCACUGCACGCUGAACCAUCCCUAUAUAAGCACCUCAAA